AUUGACGCGACGUCAAGUCAACUGUCAUUUGUAAAAUCAAACUUCCUUUUUCUGUCAUCCACAAUGCAGAGUCAACCGCAAAAGCCGAAAAGAGAGCCCAUUCACUCUGUCCAAGUUUUUGGCAGAAAGAAAUCGGCCACAGCCGUCGCUUACUGUAAAAGAGGCCACGGAGUCCUCCGAGUAAAUGGCAGGCCGCUCAGCCAAGUCGAGCCCAAAAUGCUCCAAGACAAGCUCCACGAGCCCAUUUUUCUCUUAGGAAAGGACAAAUUCUCCGCAGUCGAUAUUCGAGUUAGAGUAAACGGAGGUGGGCACGUGUCGCAAAUAUACGCCAUUCGCCAGGCUAUUUCCAAAGCUCUGGUAGCUUACUAUCAAAAAUAUGUUGACGAAGCUUCUAAGAAGGAGUUGAAGGACAUUCUCAUCCAAUACGAUCGUACUUUACUGGUAGCGGAUCCGCGUCGUUGCGAGCCCAAGAAGUUCGGUGGUCCAGGAGCCCGUGCUCGAUACCAGAAAUCGUACCGUUAG